UCGCCAUCGACCCCCGACGCAGCAUGCCGGUCACUGCUCCGGCGCACUGAAGAGCCCGGUGAUCGCCCCAGUGACCUGACCGCAGUGAACAGUGAUGUUGGCCUGUCUCUGAUCAGCCGACAGAAGGAAGCUGGCCGGGCGACAAGCAAGACGAGGCCAGCGGGAGAUUUGGACACAUCUUGGAGCUAAUGCAUAAAUAGCACUUCAGCCAUGGGAUUCUUUAGAGGAUGGACGGACUACCUCAGGAUACUGCCGUGGCUAGCACUACUGUCGUUCACAGCCUGCCAAGAUCCACACUUCGUGCAACCAAACCUAGACCUGGGCAACCUGCCCAACACAUCGUUCUCGUGCGAGGGGAAGGUGGUCGGCGGCUACUAUGCCGACUUCGAGACGGGCUGUCAGAUGUUCCACGUCUGCACGCUGGGCUCCAAAGGUGAGACCCAAGAUAUCAAGUUUAUGUGUCUGGCGGGCACGGUUUUCGAUCAGAAAACGCGCGUCUGUGAACGGUCAGAAGAGGUGCCGUGCAUCGACGUCGAGCACUACGACGUCAAUAAGGAGCUGUACCACAACAGCAACAAAAUAUCUGUCGAGUUUGACGGUAACGUGACCGACUCGGCCGGCGGCGAGUCGGUGCUCCACCCGUACGUGCCCAGCGGCGAGGAGUACGAGGAGGCCAGCGCGCGCUACCCACCCUCCGACUACCGGGACGACUUCAGCAGCGAGUGGUCGUCGGGCAGGAGCAGCACGCGGACGCGCUCAGAGGUGCCCGUCUACCGGCGGCGCACCGGCAGGAGACGCGGCGGGCGCCGCGUCGUGCCGCAGCAGCCGGCCUUCAUACGGUUCCAAACGACAACAACGUCGACAACGACGACGACGACGCCGAGCACGACGACGCGCCACCCGGCGGCGCACGAGACGGCCACGGUGCCCAUCAUCCCGGCUGCCAGCGACCCGGACCGACCUCGGGUCAUCGUUACCAAUGGCAUGCCGUUUGUGCCGAAAUUGGACUCGCCGGAUCCGGCGCCGGCGCUCACCACCGAGGAGGAGUACUCGUCUCUGGCGCUGCCCGAGACCAACUUCUCGUGUGAGGGGAAGGUGAGCGGCGGCCACUACGCCGACCCCGAGACCAACUGCAAGAUGUUCCACAUCUGCGUCAUCGGAGCCGAUGACACCAUCACCGACUACAAGUUCCUCUGUGGAAACAACACGGCAUUCGAGCAGAAGUCGCGAACUUGCCAAGAGAUUGACAAAAUAGACUGCGCCUCAUCUUCUGUAAACUAUUACGUCAACAAUCAUCUCAUCAUCCCGACCACCAAGGCGCCGGGGCUCGCCGAGCCCGCGACAGACCGGCAGGAACCGGCCAAGACCUAUGACGACUAUUAUGACUAUUACGUUGAUUACGCAGACUACAAGGAUUACUUCGACUCGCCUGACACCGGCACGUCUCCAGAGUUCACAUCGAGACGCCUCGCGCCCGAGUGACGUCACAACAAGUCAAUGACAUAUACAUAGUAUUAUAAAUGGACUGCCGUGGCGGCAAUCGCCUUCAGACACAGCCGUGACCGGCAAGGCUUUAGCCAAAUCACGUACUCACCGUGUGUGAAGCAGUGCCAAGGACAUUACCUUACCUGACGAUAACAGCCAUCGUGAGGCCGAGGCUGGAGCAAGCGGGGAAUGUCAAGUUCCAGCUCUAUGGGUUAGAGUGUGUUACAGAAUGUGGGACUUGUAAAGAGGAUGCUGUAAAUAUGUGUGUUAUAUCUGGGCCAAAGGUGUACCAUGUGUGAAUCGGAUGUGAACCAAGUGUGUUUAAAGCUUGGAUGAUGUUACAUGUUGACGAAUGUUGAAUGUUGGUGA